AUGAAAUACUUAGCUGCUUACUUGUUGUUGGUCCAAGGUGGUAACGCCUCUCCUUCUGCUUCUGAUAUCUCUUCUCUUUUGGAGUCUGUUGGUGUUGAAGCUGAAGAAUCCAGAAUCUCCACCUUAUUGACUGAAUUGGAAGGUAAGUCCGUCGCUGAGUUGGUUGCUGAAGGUAACACCAAGUUGGCUUCCGUUCCUACCGGUGGUGCUGCUGCUUCCUCUGGUGCUGCUGCCUCUUCUGGUGCUGCUGCUGAAGCUGCUGCUGAAGAAGAAGCCGUCGAAGAAAAGGAAGAAUCUGACGAUGACAUGGGUUUCGGUUUGUUCGAUUAA